AUGUCGAACUUACGUCCGGAUCCUCGCCCUCUGCGCUAUCCUACAGCACUGGGGUCCGUCUCCAGCGCAGAUCAGCAAAGGAGCCAUGCGGAUUCUCGAGAGUCUCGGCCCGCGCUGGCCCCACCACAAGAUCUUUGGUUGCUGACUGACCAAGAGGGCGAUCUGCCGUGGAUUCGCACCCCCUUCCCAAGCCUCUUCACUCCUAGGUACGGGACUGCGCAGACUGACGAGUCAGAGGCGGAGGAGACCAAGACGAUCAAGAAUGUUCCUGUGGGAGCGCUGGCGGAUAAGACCUCUCCGGCUGCUCAUACAGAUGAUUUUGACAUGGACAUGACCUACGAAAGCGACAGCAACGCUGACACCGUCAGAGCCAACAUUUCUCCGAGACGCGAUCCCUCUCCGGACUCUGGUGGCGAGAGUUCAGACUGGGAUGUCGAGGAUGAAAGCGGAAGCGACACCGAUCCUGUCAGCGGCGGGUCCCCUCUGUUGCGCGAUCACUCCCCUGACUCCGGCGCCGGGGACCGUGACAUCGACCGCGACAUCAAGUUCGAGCACGAACGACACACCGGCGGGUCGCCCAUGACAGGCGAUCCCUCGCAAGAGGCCAGUGACCAUGACAUGAACUGGGAGGAAACCCAUGAAAGCGAGAGCGAUAACGACACUGCCAUGGGCGGAAUCCCUCUGACCGAUGGCUCUUCCCCUGAAUCUGGUGCAGAGGAUUCUGUCGGCGACACGGAGUACGAAAGCGACGGCGACCAGUCUACCGACAGCGAACAUGGUAAGGUUGACUGGGGGAAUGAGCCCAGCAGUGAGCGUCAGCAGGACCGAUCACUUGUCCCGCUUACUUCUGCCGAUGAAGCUGAAGGCUCGAACUCAGGAAUGAAGUCCACUGCUGCACUGAAGAAAGGCUCUAAAUGGGUACCCUCAAUACGUGCACAAGAUCAGCGCAUUUACCUUCGCCGCGAACGCAAUGCAAUGCUGGAUGUUCUGACGGAUCGCGGAAUAAAGCGUACCGCAGCGGUCAACGGCCCUACGAUCCCCAUCGCAUACCUAUGGGAACUGGCGGAGCUCAUGGGUGCGGACUCUGAUCCGCAGCUAUAUCAAGGACAUGCGAUACACAUGACACGGUCAGGUAAUUCUAGAUUACCGCACUACUCUUUGCUGCCUGAAUCUAGCAUCCCCGCGGAAUUCAAGGACACACGACCCUUACGCCAAAGGAGACCGGGCCCCGAAAUUUCCGAUACUCUUCCCGCAAGUCAUCCACGCCCAGACGCUUACAACUCCAGGCAAAUUGAUUGGAGCAAAAGCGCUAGGAAAGCUACCUGGUCCGAGGUUCCUGGAGCUUCAUCCGUCAAGAAGCUGCCCAUCAGUUGCACGACAACGAAGAAUCGCCAGCUCCGUAAGUUGCUCGAGAUGUGCAAGGUCUUGGAAGGAAGAGGCAUACGCUGUACCUCCAAAACCAUAUCGCCAGGCAUGACAGUACGCUUCCUGAGAGAUACCCUCAACAGGACUAGACCGGAUAAUCCGGAGCUGAAGGGAGGAUCAGCCAGGGGGUUCGUCAUCGAUGAUCCUGCGCCCUCACGCGCUGCGUCCAAGGCUAUUCUGCUGGACUGCAGACUAUCCAGGCUUCCCGGUACCGAUAGGACAUAUUUCCUCCUGACCGCUCGAUGGAUGAGACCGUUCCUGGAGGAAGACAAGCUCAAGGGCCGUGCGACCUGA